AUGUCAAUUCGUAAAGCCAGAAUCAUUGUAGAUCAGCAGGUUACACGUGUGUUUGCCAUUUUUCCAGAUUUGCGAGAGGCCCUCGGGUCCCGAGUGAGCUGCAGCUUCGACCAGCCAUCAGGGCUGUGCGAGUGGAAUUCUGACUCCGAGGCCCCCUUUCAUUGGCGGGUCGGCCAAGGGCGCUCGGAAGACCAUGUGUCCGGCCCACGAAACGAUCACACAUGUCAAAAUAAACGUGGUCACUACCUGUUCAUAGCCGGUAAGGAUGCCGAUAAGGGGGCGGAUGCAACCGUAUGGAGCCCUGCUGUAACCCUUAACCAAAGCCAGUUUUUUACGUUUUGGUACACGAUGAACGGCUACGGGACGGGCAAUCUCUCCCUACUGCGACUAGAGAACAACUCCUCGGUGGUCCUCUGGUCCAAAGCUGGGCACCAGAGCGUUUCCUGGCUCAGUGCAAACGUGACCUUGAACCCCGGAAUGUUCUCACUACAGUUCAAGGCCACAGUCAGGCUACCGAUAGCAAGCAACCUGGCCAUUGACGAUUUACAUUUGCUGACGGAAGAAUCUCAGUCACUUGUCAAGUCUUACUGCAAAAUACCAACGAUGACCGCAGCCACCAUCCCUCCCAGAGCGACAAUCAACACAACAAAAUCGACCACACCGCCUCCUGUGAACGUUCCGUCCAUGUGUGGUUCAAACGAAUCCGACCUCUUUAAGCUUCCUGCAGCAUGCGACUUUGAAGAAACCACGUGCGAGUUGGUUGUCGUCGCGAAUGAUAUAGAUCCCUUGGUUACUUGGACUCGUACAAACCAACCACACGGCAAACGUGGAACGAAAGAGAUACCUGGCGACCACACGCAUGAAGUCAAUAAGACAGCAACGGGAUUCUACAUGGAUUUCCAGAAUAACCGUGGUUUGGGGAACUUUUGGAAAAAUCCGAAAUACACCGCGUCGCUACAAACACCCUGCAUAUACUCGUAUUCAGUGUGCCUUACAUUUUGGUACUCCAUUCCUUCUGACUAUUCGAACUUGAGGGUUUUGCUUAAAGAAAAUACUGGGCUAACACAUGAACUUUGGAGAAGGGACAACGAGCAAAAAAAAGACGACCCGUCCAAGUUUCGCAACCAGACCGGCUGGCACGAGGCAAUCCUCUCCGUCCAGGGAGUUCCACCCUAUGUGAUCAUUUUCCAAACCAACAACAACUUCCAUGUAGCAGUAGUAGGAAUAGAUGACAUAACACUAACGGCCUCGAACGACUCAAUACUCAGCACAGAACCGGUCUGCACAUCUCCCUCUAUUCCAACAACACCUAGAACAACAAAUACCGAACAACCCAUUAUCCCUGCAACACCAGUGUUGGAACCAAACACAGCUGUGCGCACUGUCACAUCGGCAACAAACAUGCCGGUGGUAAGCACAACUAUGUACACUGUCACAUCGGCGACAAGUGAACCGAAUACAAGCACCAAGGAGUCGCCUUCAACUGUUACGGAAAUGAGUGCAACAACACAGGCAACUAGAACACAGGCAACUAGAACACAGGCAACUAGAAAACAGGCAGCUACAACACAGGCAACUUUAACACAGGCAACUAGAACACAGGCAACUAGAACACAGGCAACUAGAACCACAACACAGGCAACUAGAACACAACAUACAACGAGCAAACCUGACGAAACAUCAUCGUCGAAAUUUACAAAGAAACCCAGUACACCUACAAAGAAACCGCCAGAUGCUGUUGGUGGGAAUAAGGACGAACAGUAUGGAGAUAAACAAAAUGCAGAUAAACAAAGGAGCAACGUGAGCAGAAUUGUUGGAUAUUCUGUUGGAAGCGUAUUAGCUGUGUUACUUGUUGCAGUUUUACUUUAUAUGGUAGUCAGCUUAAGAAAAGGUGCUGGGAAAUCUAGGGUAAAACCUGGGGCUCGAUCCGCUCUACAGUUGAACCAAAAGGCUUUUGACUCAAACAAAACUGCUGAUUUUAAAAUAAUUGGACAAAUCGACAAUGGGUGUGCAAAGCAUGCUGACAUGAAUAGCGGAUCUACACAUUUGGAGCAUCACACCUCCAUUAGUCAAGCCAAGUCUGUCGACACAACCGUUGAGACAAACGUCAUCUCAACUGUUACUGACGACUACGAGACAAGGAAGGGAUGUUUGCAAGGGGCCCUCGGGUCCCGUGUGAGCUGCAGCUUCGACCAGCCGUCAGGGAUGUGCGAGUGGAAUUCUGACCCCGAGGCCCCCUUUCAUUGGCGGGUCGGCCAAGGGCGCUCGGAAGACCGCGUGUCCGGCCCACGAAACGAUCACACAUGUCAAAAUAAACGUGGUCACUACUUAUACAUAGCCGGUAAGGAUGCCGACAAGGGGGCGGAUGCAACCGUAUGGAGCCCUGCUGUAUCCCUUAACCAAAGUCAGUGGUUCACGUUUUGGUAUACGAUGAACGGCUUCGGGACGGGCAACCUCUCCCUACUGCGACUAGAGAACAACUCCUCGGCGGUCCUCUGGUUUAAUGCCGGGCACCAGAGCGUUUCCUGGCUCAGUGCAAACGUGACCUUGAACCCCGGAAUGUUCUCACUGCAGUUCAAGGCCACAGUCAGGAUACCGAUAGCAAGCAACCUGGCCAUUGAUGAUUUACAUUUGCUGUCAGAAGAAUCUCAGUCACUUGGCAGAUCAUACUGCACGAUACCAGCCAGCACCACACCCACCACCUUCACCACCACACCCACCACCGUCACCAUCACUUCCUCAGCGAUAACCACGACUACAGUGUCUCUUUCGACGUUUCCGCCAAUAUGUGGAUCAAACGAAUCCGACCUCGUGGAGCUUCCUGUUACAUGUGACUUUGAGAAUUCAACGUGCGAUCUAAUUGUCGUUGCAAAUGAUACAGAUCCUAAGGUAACAUGGACUCGCACGAACCAUCCACUUGAUAGACCGUCUGUAAGCUUUGGCGAUCACACACAUGAAAUCAAAAAUGCAACAACGGGAUUCUACAUGGAUUUCCAGAAUAACCGUGGUUUGGGGAACUUUUGGAAAAGUCCGAAUUACACCGCUUCGCUACAAACACCCUGCAUAUACUCAUAUUCAGUGUGCCUGACAUUUUGGUACUCGAUUCCUUCUCAAUAUUCGAAUUUGAGGGUUUUGCUUCAAGGGAAUUCCGGACUUAAACAGGAACUGUGGAGUAGGGACAACGGGCUGGUAAAAGACGACCUGUCCAAGAAUAGCAACCUGUCCGGCUGGCACCAGGCAAUCCUCUCCGUCCAGGGAGUUCCACCAUACGUGAUAAUUUUCCAAACCAACAACAACUUCCAUACAGCAGCAGUAGGAAUAGAUGACAUUGCACUUACGGCCUGCAAAACUACCUCUAGUUCAACAACCCUGGGAACAUCACAUACCGAACAAACCACUACCAUCGCAUUGCCAGUAGUAGACACAAGCACAACUGUGUACUCUGAGACAUCGGCGACAAACGAACCGAAUUCAAGCAUCAAGGAGUCGCCUACAAAUGUUAUAGGAAUGGGUGGACAAACAACACGGACAACCACAACGCAGGCAACUAGAACACAACAUACAACGAGCAAACCUGACGAAACAUCAUCGUCGAAAUUUACAAAGAAAUCCAGUGCACCUACAAAGAAACCGUCAGAUGCUGUUGGUGGGAAUAAGGACGAACAGUAUGGAGAUAAACAAAAUGCAGAUAAACGAAGAAGCAACGUGGUCAGAAUUGUUGGAUAUUCUGUUGGAAGCGUAUUAGCUGUUUUACUUGUUGCAGUUUUACUUUAUAUGGUAGUCAGAUUGAGAAAAGGUGCCGGGAAAUCUAGGGUGAAACCUCGGGCUCGAUCCGACUUGGAGUUGAACCAAAAAGCUUUUGGCUCAAACAAAAAUGCUGAAUUUAAAAUGAAUGGACAUAUCGGCAAUGGGUCUGCGAAGCAUUCUUACAUAAAUGGCGAAUCUAAACAUUUGCAGCAUCACAACUCCAUUAGUGAAGCCAAGCCUGUCGACAUGACCGUUGGAACAAACAUCAUGUCAACUGUUACUGACGCGUGUGCGGCCACUAAAACUACAGACAUGCGCGAGUCUUCUAAUGUUUCAAAAGAUAAAGAGGAAUCAAUUGACCUUUAAUUAUAGAAACACUCGUUAAAUCUUCAAAUGCGCUGUUUAUCAAAACCAUGUGUCGCACUCAAAGACAAGCCUUAAAUCAUCACCGGACAUAAUGAUGAUAGGCCUGUAAAACGCUUGACAUUCAAAACGCUUUCAGGUUUGCUACUAAAAUUUUCGGGUACCGAACUUUCAAAUUACGGCAUACCUGAGUUUUACUAUAAAGUUCUGGUCUUCAUUUAUUUUAGAGUAGUUAGUGUUUUUUUGUUUGUUUUGAAAUGCUUUUAUUAUACAUGUUCUGCUAUGAAACAAUGCAUAUAUAAUACGAUGCGGACAUAAAACGCCAACAUAAAACGUUGGAAUAGUAACGGAGGCAUCAUAUGCACAGACGUGUAUGCAUACUGUUUAAUAUACGUAUAUGUGCUUUUUCAGCAAUGC